AUGACGGAGCGGAAGCCAAACAAUCGCCUGGAUUUUUCCAUCGAGCGAAUCCUUGGGGUUGAGCGCUCGGACGAUCGGCAAGAGAUAGCGGCGGAUAUUAAAGACGUCGAAUUAUCAGCCGCCAGCAGUUCCAGCAGCAAUAGCAGUUGCGAUGAAGAAGAUUUAUUCCGCCGCAACAUUGAAGAGACGGCGGGAAAUUCGUCUUCCACUCAUUUUCCGGACGCUUCUUCCUGGUUGCAAAACAGUUACGGAUGCCCGCCAUUCUUUAACCGAGGAUGGUUCAGUCAGACCAUCCGACCGCCUUUCUUCACUCUUCAAGCACCGAAACCUGUCGGUCGCAGACAUCGCCGGCCAGGAGCCGAUCGAAAACCUAGACAGGCUUACAGUGUCAAACAAUUGGAACAGCUCGAAUCCGAAUUUAAGGUGGACAAAUACUUGAGCGUGAAUAAGCGGAUGGAAUUAUCGAAAAGCUUGUCGCUGACAGAAGUGCAGAUCAAAACUUGGUUCCAGAAUCGGCGCACCAAGUGGAAGAAACAAAUGACGGCUCGAUUUAAACUAAGCGCGGCUCCUUCGCCUAUCGACUCGGCCAGCGGCAGGCCAUUCAUCAGCUCGACGGUGCCAUCGUUGUGGAUGGUUAAUUGGACGUCGUCGUCGUCGUCAGCCCAACAACACCAAACAUCCCAGCAGCAGCAUCCAGUGGCUAAUAACAACGUCGUGUACAACAGCAAUCUGUCGCCUUGGAAUAAGACGAUCCAGUCCCAACAACAGCCAGUGGCAGCCGGAAGACGAUUCGACGAUCAUCAUCUUCUUAUUCCUUGUGUCGUCGGACAAGCUCCUAUCGACUCCCACAGGAGCGACACUCCGUCACAGCAGCCAUAG